UAUAUAACCUAUAAGAUUGAAUAUCUGUACUCAUUUUUUGUGGGCCUAAUAAAUUCAAUAGAUAAUUUAACAAUAUAAUAAAGUGAAAAAUGAAACCAGAUUAAUAAUGUUACUGUGUUUUUUUCUCAGAGCAAAACCAAAAAUAUAUGUCUAAUCAAAAAUUAAAAACUGACAGAAUAUUAUGCGCACAUAUGUGGAUAAAUGAGUUAACUGAAUAUUCCUGUGUACUCACUCCUUCAACACACGUUUGCAGACAAAGAUAAAAGUAACAAAAUAGUUCAAAGAUGGAUGUAUGUGAUUGUGUAUUUAAUUUCAAUUCAUCAUUUUCACCAACUAAUUAUGCUCAACUACUUUAGCCGAAAUGAAACUAAGAACAAAAGUCAGAGAAGACAGAUAUACCAAACUCUUUUACAGCCACAAACAAGAAAACGCAAUCAUUCGGACUUAUUCAAAUCUCUUGUCUUCUUCAUCCUGUUCUAUGCAAUACUGUUUGGCAUACUUAUAUGUCUUUUGGGAUUAUUUUUAUACAAAAUUAUCGAUGCCAAUAAACCGUACUUAACUGGUAGUUACUCAUCACUGGAGAACUCACCAGGUUUGUCAGUGGUCCCAGUUACUUCAACACAAAUGAACUUAAUUGCUUAUAAAGAUGGAAAACAGGACAGCUUCUUAGCAUAUCACGAUGCUCUUAUAGCCUUCCUGUUGCAUUAUGAAUACAAUUCAUACACAGGAAAUAGCUUACGUGAUUGUUUACAAGAAAAUAAUUCUCAGGCUUUAACUGCUGAAACGCUGGUUCAAACAAGCUGUGUUUUCAACCUAGACUGGUCAUACAAAUGUAAUAUCAACAACAUGUUUGGUUUCGAUAACGCAUCUCCUUGUUUCCUUAUAAAACUAAAUCGUAUCUAUGGCUGGUUACCACCAAUACUUUCAGAAGAGAAAGGUGUUAAAAUCUGUUGUAGAGGGGCUAAUCCGAAUGAUGACAUACUCCUUGGCACAAUGUGUUUAUAUGAUGCUUAUGUACAUACAGAAGAAGGAUGUGAACGGCAGUGCGCCUUUAUUCCUCAUCAGUAUUUUCCAUACUUGAACCAAGAAUCGUAUAGGUCACCACUUAUUUUCCUUCAAUUAAUCAAUCCAAAAAGAAAUGUGUUAAUGCAGAUACGCUGUGAAACAGUAAAUCUACCUGAAACAAAAACAACAGAGAACAACAAAUAGAGAGAGAGAGGUGAAUCGAAAGUUUCAUUUUCGCCUACUGUCAACUCAUCUUUUAUUUUUUAACAAGGCAACUAAAAAGUGAAAACCGAAAGAACGGAUGAUAAUACAAAAAAAACAACAAAAAAACAGAACGAAAAACUGAGUAACCUAAUGAUGAAUUGAGAAGGUAAACAAACAAAAUACUGAAAUCUACAUUCUCUAAUUCAGCGAUUUCAUUAUUUCCAAUUGAUAGAUAUUUUAAAUUUUUCAUUUCAUCCAAUCCCUCCAUCAAGCUGAUUUGAUUGUUGAACAAACUUAAAUCUUCAAUUUUUGUUAGUUUGUGUAAGUUCUCAAUUUUUGAAAUUCGAUUGAAAGAUAAGUCUGAAUGUUUUGAGGCGUAAUUACAAAGCAGAGGAAUGCAACAAGAUAAAUAAUAGAACAGAAGAAGAAAUAGAAAGAAAUACAGGUAGAUGAGUAGUCAAAGGAAAUUAUGCAAUUCCUAAUACACCUCUUUACUGUUCCCUAGAUUUUUAACUGAUUUGUGUAUAUUGUCGCGUUCACGGUUUCUCAGAUUUAAAUCGUUAAAUCUGUUGAUUUUUUCUUUUUUUUUUU